GUGCAUGUGUUUUCCCCCCUUGUGUAUCCACAAUGCUCUUGUUAUUAUGGGUCUCUGUGAGUAUCAUGGCUGUAUUUUGCCCUUGUUUGGUAGAGAAUGUUUCUCUACACGCAUACUCUCCUGGGGACAUCAUCAUUGGAGGAGUUUUCCCUAUUCACGGAGAAAUCAAUCGCAGCACAGUGUCCGGACAACUCUCCUGUAGUGGCUAUGACAUCCAAAAGUUCCUUCGCACUCAAGUGAUGAUACACGCCAUCAGAGAAAUAAACCAGCGCACGCCGAGGGUUCUACCCAACUUCACCAUAGGUUAUGACAUCUAUGACACGUGUGGAGACAUCAGCCUCGCCAUCAGAGCUACGCUCCAGUUGCUGAGGCGCCAGUCAGAACCUCAGAGCUGUUUAGUACCUACACGCUUUCAUUCUGCUCUAACCGAACCCGAAACGAAGGCAGUGAUUGGGGAAUAUUCUUCUGAAGGGUCAAUAGCUGUUGCACGAGUUGUUGCUCUGUCAUCCGUUACCCAGAUUGGCUAUGCUGCGACUUGCCAGCUGCUUAGCAGGAAGUUGAAGUUCCCCACUUUUCUGCGAACGAUACCCAGUGAUGAACAUCAGACAAAGGCCAUUGCUAAGCUGGUUUCCAAGUUCAAUUGGAAGUCAGUGGCCAUUGUAGCAAGUGAUGAUAUGUACGGGAAGUAUGGCAGUGAGAACCUCGAGGACCUUUUAAGUAAAAUGAAGGAUAUCUGCAACGAAUUCAUCUUCGUCCUGCCAGGUAACUUUUCCCACAACAAUUCCCAUAACCACACCUGCCUGGCUGAUCUGAUGAGCAAAAUCAACAAGUCCUCCGCUGAGGCCGUAAUUUUGUUCACCAAGGAAUCUAAUGCUGCAGUCAUUAUGGAAGCAGCUAUCGAACGCAGCCUCAACAGAACGUGGAUUGCAACUGAUACGUGGUCCACCUCUAUGAAGGUGUCUGCACUGCCAGGCAUUGAGAUGGCUGGGGAGGUUUUCGGGUUUGUCUCCAAGAGGAACGAGGUGCCUGAUUUUAAAGACUAUGUCAUCUCAAUGUUCAACGGGACCACCAACGGCCUUCUAGAGGAUUACCUGGCUCAUUUUCCACUUUGUUUUGAUCAGUCUGAGGAGAACGGUGAAAGUAACUGCUCGCUAACAAACAACCAAACAGCCAAGCAAUGUCUGGACCCAAGCAGCUUGGCCAAUUACAUUGACCAGGAUAUCUCAUAUAAUAUCUACUUGGCUGUUCAGGUCAUUGCUGAGGGUCUUAGGAGCUUGCUAAAGUGUGACAACCAUCACUGUGAACACAGCACCGAAUUUACAGCCCAGGAGCUUUUUAUGGAAAUCAAGAACGUAAACUUCACUGUAAACAAAACACAUAUAUUCUUUGACUCCAAUGGAGACCCCGGAUUAGGAUAUGAUAUUUUGUAUUGGAACAAGACUGAAUCCAAACAGCACACACAAAUAGAAACCAUUGGAGAAUACCUUCCGUCUGGACAAGUCAAAGUCCCAGAUGAUCUUGUUAGAAAUAUGUGCAGUGUGAUGGUAUCGGCUUACAACUGUUCUAAAACAUGUAAACGAGGGCAAGAGUUGAAAAUGCAAAACAAAAGUUGUUGCAAUUAUUGUAUUCCAUGUGCAGAUGCAGAGUUCUCUGCUGGAAAGGGCGAGGAGUGUAAACGAUGCGGCGCAAAACAGUAUUCGUCUCCACAGAGGGAAAGGUGUUUGGAGAAAACUGUCCAAUUCCUACAUUGGGCGGAACCCUUCGUUAUCGUCUUGAGUGCCUUGGGAGUGUUCGGUAUAACUGUUACCAUUGUGUUUGCUGUUUUGUUCACCGUCUAUCGAGGCACUCCCGUUGUGAAGGCCGUUGGAGGCUACUUGUGCCUCUUGGAGCUUUUUUCCUUGCUGGCCUGCUUCUGCCUUUCCUUUAGCUUUGCGGGAAAACCCACCGAUGGUUCCUGCAUGGUAGGCCUGCCUCUCUUCGGCAUCGCUUUCUCCCUCUGCAUCUCCUGCAUUCUUGCCAACCUGCUCCAGAUCUUAGUGGGCUUCAGCUUUCAACUGAACAAAAGGUCCAGGGCGAAGAGGCUCCACCAGCCGGCGGCCGUGGUGACAAUCGUCACUGGGAUCCAGUUGGCCUUGUGCGUGCCAUGGCUUUGCCUUUAUCCCCCACACGCCAAUGACGAGAUAUUUAGGGAGAGCAUCCUGAAGCAGUGUGAGAAAGGCUCCUAUAAGUUCUUUAUUGCCAUGUUGGCCUACAAUGCUUUCUUGGCCCUCAUCUGCUUCCUGUUUGCAUUCAAAGGCAAACAGUUGCCAGAUUUGUAUAAGAAUGCGAGUUUGAUCAGCAUCAGCAUGCUGCUGUUUUUGAUCGUUUGGGUUUUCUUCAUCCCCAUUUAUAUCAGUUUGAUCGGGAGGUACAAGAGUGCCAUCGAGAGCACAGCCAUCCUCAUUUCCAGCUACAGCAUCCUCGGCUGUCACUUGGCCCCGAAGUGUUACAUCAUGGUGUUCAGGAAAGAGCUGAAUAAUGAGAGUGCCAUCACGGAGUACAUCAGGAAGCAUUAUGAGCAGAAAGGCGUGUCCGUGGUGACAUCAUAGUGUCACGCGCACAGCCAUAAAUUCUUUGCGGGUUGCCGGGUAACAAUUAUAUGCACACGUUUUCCCCGUGGUAAAAUCAUUGCUUGAUUGACGUUUCUUUGAAACUUGCAACGAAUGAAAUAUAGCGAGUUAAUUUAGCUUUACUUUGGCUUGACAGAUUUCUUGUUACCUUUUAAUAGAGCCAGGCAAGCCAUUUCUCCCGUCUCCAGUCUAUGUGCUAAGCUAAGCCUUUGCAUGUGUACAAUGUCAAUAGUGACUUUUUCUGUGUAAUCUUUACAUUUUUUAUCAUAUUAUCUGUCAGAUGAGUCGUAUAUAAGAGAAUGUGUAGUGUCUGUGAAGACAGUGUUUCGUAGUGACGGGCUGUGUACUGUGAAUAAAUAAAUAAACUUAAA